AUGCAAAACCACCCGCAACUACUUCUUCUUCGAAGACCUUUACCUCCAAAGCUCCCUAAAUUGCCUGUAGAUAAGAAAGUCCGUCCGGCCACGACUGAUAAAACUGAGAUACCACUGGCAAAGUUUACUCAAGGUGAAAGAGAUAAAACUAGUUUUCCUGAUACUGUCUCAAGAGAGCCAUUUCAAACCUCCAUCGGUGUCCAGAAUCUCUCUUUGGAUGAUCGUGUACAGAAAAGAGCGACUCCUGUCCCAGGACCCCCCAAACCGAAGCUCGAUCGUUGGCGCGUUCCAGACACGGCCACUGGUUGUGUGUUUUUCCCGAGUUGUCCAUCAGCUUCCACUCGAGUUUUUGGGAAGAGAGCCAAGCAGUGGAAAAGAUCAAGGAAACCAAAAGGAGAGCCAUCAAAAAUAAAAAAGACUUCUGUCGACGACAUGCUAAAAGACAUCCUGAUUUUCUCCUCCACGUUCUCCAAACCUAUCAUUGCCCCUCCCCCAGUCACCCCCACCACACCCGAGGACAUCCGCCUCAUGGAGUUACCUGUGGCAAAGAGCAGGGCCUACACUUUUAAGCACCCUCUCAUAGAUAUGAGUGUGAUACGGCCAAUCCCUCUCCCAAGAAUUAUGCCUGUGCAAGCACAAAGCCGGUGGUUUGGUCAUUUACAACCAAGUACGGCGGUGCUACUGGAUAUUACUCAUUUUCCUGGUGUUCUUUCCAUACCGCCACCAGUUUUACCGAGAAAACCUCGAAGACAGUCUGAAAUAGAAACUCGGAGAAUAGAAGCUGAAAAUCUGUUCACAGAAGAUGUUCAAAGCUCGCUAGUCCUGCAUGAAGGUCUCACUAAAUCUAGAAGACCAAACGAAGCAGAGACCCAAGUUAAGCGCCGGGAGGUCCAUAAGACUGUGGUAACAACACAGUAUGACACCAUACAAGCCAUGACCAACCUGGCUGUGGUCAACUGUCAGGUACAUGGGAGGAAUGCGCUGAACCUCCAGGGGUUUUUUAUCCUGAAUUGUCCAGACUUAACAUGUUUGGCUUUGCAAUUGGUAUAUCUUAACUUAUCAUUUAAUGAUAUCAGUUCCUUUCCUACAGAGAUAUUUUGUCUGAAAUAUUUACAAAUACUGAUCCUGAGAAAUAAUCCUAUCAAAGCAAUCCCUUCUGAAAUCCAACAACUUCAGUUCCUGAGAGUUUUCAACAUUGCCUUUAAUUUGAUUUUGAAUCUUCCACCUGGGUUAUUUUACUUGCCCUAUCUUGAGGAACUUAAUAUUUCCUACAAUAGUAUUGCUGCUAUUCCAAAUGAAAUCCAGAAACUCAGGUCACUCAGACAGUUGCUUGUUGAUGGAAAUGACUUGACAUCCUUUCCACCUGGGAUUCUGAAGCUUCGCCUGAAAAAAAUCCAGUUUGAUAAUAACUUCACUCAUCCUUAUCUUUGGAGAGAGAACUCUUUGAACAGUCCACAGAGUCUUACUCAAGUUGCUUCGCUGGCCUUUCUAAAACAUGAUCUAGAUAAAUAUUAUGAUGUGAUCCCAGAGAAAAUCCAACUGUUACUAAAGGGCGCAUCCAAGUGCGAGUGGUGCGAAGGCCCCAGGUUCGGUGAAGGGUACCGCGUCAUCCAGUCCUGCAAUGUGUUCGGAGUGGCACGCCUUCCCGUGAUGUUCCGCGUCUGUUCCUCUUCUUGCUAUCGAGCAGUGAAUAAGAAGAGUGUGUUCUAG